UGAGUAACAGCUGUACCGCUCUCCCGGUACGAUCUUACAAUUUGCCGAAGAAAUAGAAAAGAGAAAAAGAAAUCUUCCCUCAACCAUACCCAAUCCUGAAAAACUUUUCUUGCUUUUGUUCGUUGAAAUAAACAGACACAGAGAGUAGUUUACGUUUAUAAUCAAAUUCUGUUGAUCCAAACGCGCCUCAGUAAGCACGCCACAGUUCUGAUGAAAUUCUGUUGCGCGAGACGACUUAGAUAGGCGAGGAAGGCUUCUAACGGUAUUCAAAGCAAGAGAUAGAGAGAGAAGGAGAAGGUGUGUGAGUGAGAUGGCUGCUGCUAGUACCGAGAAGCUUCCAGUGGAGAUGCGUAAGGGCGUCAAUGGCCUCGAUAAAGUCGUCCUCCGGGAGGCUCGCGGCAGUUCCGCCGAGGUGUAUCUCUAUGGGUGCCAUGUUACCUCCUGGAAAAAUGAACACGGAGAAGAGAUGCUCUUUGUCAGUAGUAAGGCCAUUUUCAAGCCUCCAAAAGCAAUUCGAGGAGGUAUCCCUAUAUGCUUUCCUCAGUUCUCAAACCUUGGACCUCUUGAGCCACACGGGUUUGCUAGAAACAGGUUUUGGAGCUUCGACAAGGAUCCUCCUCCGGCCCCAACAAACUCUAGGUCAUUUGUCGACUUAAUAUUAAAGCCUUCUGAGGACGACAUGAAAAUCUGGCCUCACAGCUAUGAGUUCCGCUUGAGGUUAACCUUGGGACCUGGUGGAGAUCUUAUGCUAACAUCUCGAAUAAGAAACACCAACACUGAUGGAAAGCCUUUCACCUUUACAUUUGCAUAUCACACAUAUUUCUCUGUUUCAGACAUCAGUGAAGUUCGUGUUGAGGGGCUAGAGACACUGGAUUAUCUUGAUAACUUGCAGGGUAGGGAGCGGUUCACAGAACAAGGCGAUGCUAUUACUUUCGAAGGAGAAGUUGAUAAAAUAUACCUUAGCACUCCAUCAAAAAUUGCCAUCCUUGAUCAUGAAAAGAAAAGGACAUUUGUGAUUCGCAAGGAUGGACUUCCUGAUGCAGUGGUGUGGAAUCCUUGGGACAAGAAGUCAAAAGCCAUGACCGACUUUGGGGAUGAUGAAUACAAGCACAUGCUGUGUGUGGAAGCUGCAGCAAUCGAAAAAGCUAUCACAUUGAAACCUGGUGAAGAGUGGAGAGGACGGCAGGAAAUCUCUGCUGUUCCUUCUAGUUAUUGCAGUGGACAGCUAGAUCCUCGAAAAGUUCUCCACUAAUAUUGUGUACAGGCGUUCUGCUGCAAUUUAUGGCGGGAAUACAACUGCUACCUCUGUUAAAAUCUUCUGUUUGACAUUUUUUGUCUAUGACAUUUUCCCUAUAUUGAAUAGAAGUUGGAUAUGAGUAGUCAAGACUGGAAUAAUGUUUGGUAUUGGAAGGACAGCCAUUCUGGCGCCAUGUGUUAGUUUAAUGAAGAUGCAUGGCCAAGAUGGUUACAGAUUAGUAAUACUCUGGUACUUUUUGUGUAGGGUAUAUCCUGAAUGAAGAAGUCUUGUCAAUUCUAUACAAAUUCUGUAAUUCAUCUAAUAUGUUGAAGCACAUAAAGCAUGUAUGUGCCAGCAAUAUUUCAUGCCCACGUUCUAGGCAAGUUCAUUGGAAUGACAAACUGAUCGGCCACACAUGACAUCAUUUAGUGCUCAUGUGGUUUUAAUAACGUACUUGGAGUUGUA